AUGGUACCGGCCUGCUCAACCGCGCUGGAUCGUGCUACGCUGUGGCCGUUCCAAGAUCCAAACUUCUAUCAGCGCUGUGUGCCGGACAGUGCGGAAGUUCAGUGGAACUUGGUACGGCAGCCUUGCCACGGGCGCCGUCUGUUUCACUUCACGCGCCAAACGUGCACUCGGCCGGAGGAUUGGGAGGAAGCGUGCCCUGCGGAGCCGGUUGAACCGCUUCCGCCGGCACCGUGUCCGGAGGUGCGAUGCGAUUCGAUAGACGACACCCGGCAGCUGUGGCCAGACAUUGACCCGGCACGGUUCUACCAGUGCAUCCCGCAGGCCACCGGCGGUAUCGCUGCGGUCGGUCAGCUUUGUCGCUUUGGCACACUGUUUAGCGUCCGGAAUCAGGCGUGCAUUGUGAUGAGCCGCUGGACGGCGGAGUGCAGCUUCGAAAGCCCCACGGACCCUACGACGGAGACAGAGCCCACCACCACGGGCAGCACCACUCUGGAGCCACCGCAAUCAACGACGCCCGAUGCCGAAUGGACGCUCUGUCAGCCACCCGUCUGUGGCCUCGAAGACCCGAUACUGUAUCCGCAUACCGAUCGCACGCUCUACUAUCAGUGCGUGCCACAACCGGACGGCUUCUGGGUGCCGCUGGAGCGACCGUGUGCGGCCGGCACACAUUUCCACUACGGCCUGCAGCACUGCGUGUUUCCGGCCGAUUGGGAGAACUUCUGCCCGGUUUAA